AAUCAGCCAAUGGCUCUUCACUCGGGCUGUGUGACCGAAGCGAGAUCUGCCGGGUUCUUUUCGCCGUUUCUCCGCCCGGCUGGUCUUUUCUGAUCUCACGGCAAUGGCGGAGCAGCAGCAGUUCUACCUCUUGCUGGGUAAUCUCAUGAGCCCCGACAACAAUGUCAGGAAACAAGCGGAGGAAACGUACGACAACAUCCCAGGACAGAACAAGAUCUCCUUCCUGCUGCACGCCAUCAGGGAUGCUUCGGCCGCAGAAGAGGUCAGACAGAUGGCGGCGGUUCUGCUCCGGCGGCUGCUGUCCUCCUCCUUCGAGGAGAUCUACCCGGGUCUGACCCUGGAGAUGCAGACCGCCGUGAAGACGGAGCUGCUGAGCAGCAUCCAGCAGGAGAGCUCGCCAAACAUCCGCAAGAAGGUCUGCGACAUCGCCGCCGAGCUCUGCAGGAACCUCGUGGAUGACGAUGGGAACAACCAGUGGCCAGAGGUGCUGAAGUUCCUGUUCGACUCUGUGAACUCCGAGGACGUGGGGCUGCGGGAAGCCGCCCUGCACGUCUUCUGGAACUUCCCGGGAAUCUUCGGCAACCAGCAGCAGCACUACCUGGAGGUGAUCAAGCGCAUGCUGGUUCAGUGCAUGCAGGACCAGGCCCACCCCCAGAUUCAGAAUCUGGCCGCUCGGGCCGCAGCGGCGUUCGUUCUGUCCAACGAAGGAAACACGGCGCUGCUGAAGCACUUUGCAGACCUGCUGCCGGGAAUCCUGCAGGUGGUGAACGAGUCGUGCUAUCAGGGAGACGACUCCGUGCUCAAGUCUUUGGUGGAAAUCGCCGACACGGCGCCCAAAUACCUGAGGCCCAACCUGGAGGCCACGCUGCAGCUCUGCCUGAAGCUCUGCUCCGACACAAACCUGGCAAACAUGCAGAGGCAGCUGGCCCUGGAGGUCAUCGUCACGCUGUCGGAGACGGCGGCCGCCAUGCUGAGGAAACACACGGCGAUCGUGGCUCAGAGCGUGCCUCAAAUGUUGGCGAUGAUGGUGGACCUGGAGGAUGACGAGGAGUGGGCGAUGGCCGACGAGCUGGAGGACGAUGACUUUGACAGCAACGCCGUGGCCGGGGAGAGCGCUCUGGACAGAAUCGCCUGCGGACUCGGAGGGAAGAUCAUCCUGCCCAUCAUCAAGCAGCACAUCAUGCAGAUGCUGCAGAACUCCGACUGGAAGUACCGGCACGCGGGGCUGAUGGCGCUGUCUGCCAUCGGCGAGGGUUGUCACCAGCAGAUGGAGGCCAUCCUCCAGGAGAUCGUCAGCUACGUGCUCCUCUUCUGCUCCGACUUUCAUCCGAGGGUGCGCUACGCCGCCUGCAACGCCAUUGGACAGAUGGCCACAGACUUCGCUCCAACGUUUCAGAAGAAGUUCCACGAUAAGGUGAUCGCGGCGCUGCUCCAGACCAUGGAGGACCAGAACUUCCCCCGGGUGCAGGCGCACGCCGCGGCGGCGCUCAUAAACUUCACGGAGGACUGUCCCAAGUCUAUCCUCAUCCCGUACCUGGACAACCUGCUGCAGCACCUCCACGUCAUCAUGGUGGGGAAGCUGAACGAGCUGAUCCAGAAGGGAAACAAGCUGGUGCUGGAGCAGGUGGUGACGUCCAUCGCCUCCGUGGCCGACACCGCAGAGGAGAAGUUCGUGCCGUACUACGACCUCUUUAUGCCCCCCCUCAAACACAUCGUGGAAAACGCCAUGCAGAAGGAGCUCCGCCUCCUGCGGGGAAAGACCAUCGAGUGCAUCAGCCUGAUCGGCCUGGCUGUCGGAAAGGAGAAGUUCAUGCCAGACGCGUCCGCCGUCAUGCAGCUGCUCCUCAAGACCCAGACGGACUUCAACGACCUGGAGGACGACGACCCUCAGAUCUCCUACAUGAUCUCGGCCUGGGCCCGGAUGUGUAAGAUCCUGGGGAAGGAGUUCCAGCAGUACCUGCCCGUGGUGAUGGGCCCCCUCAUGAAGACCGCCUCCAUCAAGCCCGAGGUGGCGCUGCUGGACACUCAGGACAUGGAGGACAUGUCGGAGGACGACGGCUGGGAGUUCGUCAACCUGGGAGACCAGCAGAGCUUCGGAAUCAAGACGGCGGGGCUGGAGGAGAAGGCCACGGCCUGCCAGAUGCUGGUUUGUUAUGCCAAAGAGCUGAAGGAGGGCUUUGUGGGCUACACGGAGCAGGUGGUGAAGCUGAUGGUUCCUCUGCUCAAGUUCUACUUCCACGAUGGCGUGCGAGUGGCGGCGGCCGAGUCCAUGCCUCUCCUCCUGGAGUGCGCUCAGGUCCGAGGCCCGGAGUACCUGACCCAGAUGUGGCUGUUCAUGUGCGACGCGCUCAUCAAGGCCAUCGGCACGGAGCCGGACUCGGAUGUGCUGUCGGAGAUCAUGCACUCUUUCGCCAAGUGCAUCGAGCUGAUGGGCGACGGCUGUCUGAACAACGAGCACUUCGAGGAGCUGGGCGGCAUCCUGAAGGGGAAGCUGGAGGAACAUUUCAAGAACCAGGAGCUCAGGCAGACCAAGAGGCAGGACGAGGAUUACGACGAGCAGGUGGAGGAGACCCUGAAGGACGAGGACGAGAACGACGUCUACAUCCUGACCAAGGUGUCGGACAUCCUGCACUCGGUGUUCAGCAGCUACAAGGAGAAGGUGCUGCCGUGGUUUGAGCAGCUCCUGCAGCUCAUCGUUCAGCUCAUAAGCUCCGCCCAGCCGUGGGCCGACCGGCAGUGGGGGCUGUGCAUCUUUGAUGACGUGGUGGAGCACUGCAGCCCCGCCUCCUUCAAGUACGCCGAGUACUUCCUGCAGCCCAUGCUGCAGUCGCUGUGCGACAAGAGCCCCGAGGUCCGGCAGGCGGCCGCGUACGGCGUGGGGGUCAUGGCUCAGUUCGGCGGGGACAACUACCGCCCGUUCUGCUCAGAGGCGCUCCCCCUGCUGGUCACGGUCAUCCAGGCGCCGGACUCGCGCUCCAAGGAGAACGUCAACGCCACGGAAAACUGCAUCUCCGCCGUUGGAAAGCUCAUGAGGUUCCGCCCGGAGUGCGUCAACGUGAACGAGGUCCUCCCUCAUUGGCUGGGCUGGCUGCCGCUAAACGAGGACAAGGAGGAGGCGGUCCACACCUUCGACUUCCUGUGCGACCUCAUCGAGAGCAACAACCCCAUCGUGCUCGGGCCCGACAACGCCAACCUCCCCAAGAUCUUCGUCAUCAUCGCCGACGGCGUCGCAAACGAGUCGAUCAAGAACGAAGAUGCGUGCAGCAAACGGCUCGCCAACGUCAUCCGCCAAGUGCAGGUGUCGGGCGGCUUAUGGACGCAGUGUGUCUCCGGUCUGAACGAGAAGCAGCAGAAAGCGGUCCAGGACCUGCUGAACGCCGCCGCCUGAGCCCCUCCUCCCUUCCUCUCCCCCCCAAAAAAUAAAACCACCCAGAAGAUCCUGGACUCUGACUCCCCCUCUCCCCCCUUUCUUCCUACUGCUCUGAUCUGUUAAAGUGAAGGCCCGCCCCCCUCCCCGUCUAGAGACGUACAUUCAGACACUUGGAGCAGGCGGGACGACUCCACGUGGGACUCUAAGGGGGGCCAUGGGGUGGGGGGCGUAGGAAAUGGACGUUGACGUGGACUGAGCUGCUAAAGGGGCUGCGGACGGGCCGACCACUGCCCGCCCAUGUGAAAAUGAAGAUUGUUCUUUUUUUUUUUUUUUUGUAUUUUCUUGUUCCGUGUUCCCAUGGUUACGGUUUGGGAGAAAAUGGCCUUUUUUUUCUGCCGGAAGUGGGGGGGCUGUCCGUUCAGCAGUAGCAGCAUGUUAACGGUUAGAAGAGUUAGAACAUUAGAGUUCUGUAGUCCAGGCCGCCAGACUUUGGACAUGUUCACAUUUUUGUCUCUUUUUUUUUUUUUUUAAAUGUUCUUGCCCCUUUUAGGUAGCAGCUGGAGGCGCCGGCCUUCGUCUCUGAAGGUCAGUUCGGAGCUUCGACUGUAGAGUAUUUGUAAAGGAGUGCUGCUGUUCACUCGACUUUAUGACCCGUUCAGUCCUGCAGAUAUGAAAUUCCAGAAGCUAAUAAACUGCAUUUGAGAAGAA